AUGUCUCCGUAUAGACUUGUUUUCGGUAAACCUUGUCACUUACCAGUGGAGCUUGAGCACAGGGCUUAUUGGGCAAUCAAGGCCUUCAAUUUUGAUAUGAAAGUUGCUGGUGAGAAGAGGAGGCUUCAACUCAAUGAGCUAGAGGAGUUGCAACAUGAAGCGUAUGAGAACACUAAGCUUUACAAUGAGAAAACAAAGCAAUAUCAUGACAAGAAAAUUCUGAGGAAGACGUUUGAGAAAGGGCAUAAGGUUCUCUUAUCCAAUUCACGACUAAAGCUUGUCCCAGGUAAACUUCGUUCUCGGUGGAUUGGCCAUUUUGUUAUUACUAAUGUGUUUGAUCAUGGUGCAGUGAAGAUUCAAAACAUUAAGGAUGACAGCACCUUCAAGGUGAACGGACAUCGGUUGAAACCUUACUUUGAUGCCAACUUCGAUGCCAAUAUUAAGUCUCAAGAACUCAAGGAGCCUCCACCACUCUCUUAA